AUGAGCAUGUCAGCUCCCCCACUUGGCCCAGGCGCCACGUCCACAACGGGAGCAACUACAGGAACAAACACUCAAUCCACAGGUACUUCCGUGUCCGCGGCUACAACGGUAACUGAAUCAACAACGACAACCAGCAGUUCUGGUACCAAUGAACCUGGAACCACUCCCAACCAGAAUGAACUAGCUACGUUAUUAGCGAGCAUGUUGAAUGUUAUGUCGAGCACAAACCCAUCUGGUUCUACGAUGCCCAACUUUGGUGACGUGCUCCGUUCAUCCCAAGCGAACCCAAUAAGUACAGUCCCACCGGAAAGUCGAUAUGCUUCACAGUUGGAAGUGCUUGCUAGCAUGGGUUUUAUAAACCGUGAAGCCAAUUUGCAAGGUUAG